UAGUGGUACAUAAGUACUUAUGAUAAUGCAACAAUAUUAGUUUAGUCUGUAACAGUAGGUAACAUUAAAUCUCAAUUCGAAUGUGCGAUUAUUCUAAAUACAUUAUGAUUAAUUUUGUAAAAGAAAAAAUACGUGUAUAUCUCAGUUUGGUUGCAUGUAAAUAUACCAGUGGUCAUCAAAUGACCCGUCAUUAGAUGUAUAUCGUCUGGUUUACUAGUUAACGGAUCACGGAGCACCGCUGUUAAAGUUUACUGGGUGACAUGAAUGUUAGGUUGAUGUUUUGACCAUAAUUAUAGUAUUUGGAGCAAGUCAACAAAAGACUGGAUUAGGCUGACCUACAUGUGUCAUCGCUUGUAUAGUUCGACGUUAAUUGAAGCAGAUCAACGACCGCACCCACCCACACCGCUUCCCAGUUCACAACAUUUAAGUAUGAUGACGUGCUAUGGUGAAAUCCGAGGAGAUUUAACCGGUUCUGAUUCAUAGAAAUAGAAAGUACCUACUAACUCAAACCACACGCAAACAAUUAUAUAUCCAUUAUGCUAUAUUUUUAUUACGGAACCACAUACCUAGAUAUGUUUUUAUUCUGGUUUUUCUUUUAAAUCGUCGCCUUGCUUGAAUUUCCUUCUAUGUCGUUCGUACGCGCAUUUAAAAAACACAAGUUUUGUAGAUCACACUAAGUAUAGAUUCAUAAAACGAACCCGCGACCAGUAAGCAGCAGUCAGUUGUACAUCCAUUGCACCAACCGUACUAUCAAACGUGCAAAACCCCUUUCUUGGAAUUAUUAAAACCUACCUAUGUCACUUCUGCCUACGCCAUCAUAAUAAACAUUUUAUUUUUAUGUCUACUGGUCCCCAAAAUGAUAUCAGAGACAAUCUAUUAGAUCAAUACUACCAGCAAUUAUCGUAAUUCGUUGUUAUUAUACCUAAGCUAUUAUAACCGACCUUAAAUGGUACAUGUCAUGAUGCAAUGAAUUAAACUUGGACACGUAACAGUUUAUCGUGGGCCGUGAUUAAAAUAUCAACCCUCAUACCGUUUUUGUAGAGCUAAUAAAAAUGUGAUAUUUAUUAAAUUAUACCAUGGCUUUAGUGUAUAGCUGCUGCUUUUGGUUUUCUUUGCGUUUAGGGGGCAUUUUGACAGGAAUUAUUUCUCUGUUUCAGGGACUUGUGUUAUUAGUAUUUUGUUGCUUAGGACAUAGACAUCCUGAUUUAGUCAAAGAUGAGAUUACUAACUGGAUUCAUAAUUACAAUCUUAUUUAUGCUCAGAGUUAUUUAGAGGAUGUACAAGCUGAUCCAGAUAAAUAUAUUUCACUUGGAAUUAGUUUCUCAAGCAUUUACAUGAUUGUGUGCGUUGUGUAUAUCUAUGGGGCUUAUACGUGUAACAACAUGUUGAUGGUAUUUUAUAUACUUAUGGAGUUGCUGCGACUCAUUAUAAUUUCCGUCUUAAUUGCAACUGUAUUGCUUUUAAUCAAACAAAACAAUAUGGACAUUGGUAUGCUAAUAGGAGCGAGCGUUGCUGGUGGAUUCCUACUUUUGGGAAUGUUUUACCUAUGGAUAUGCGCUGCCAAUUUACCUAUCGUCAUAAAUGAGAUGGAACGUGACGAGCAAGCUGCUGUAAUCAACAAACUGCAACAACUGCUAGAAGCCAACAAUCCUAGAGCAAUACCGCGCGGUAUAGAUAGCAUCCCGUUCGCAGCGCCGCCUGAAGAUAUCGUCAACAGAAACAUAUUUAUUGUACCUAGGCAAAAGGACAUGAAGAUCAAUAACAGAAUUUUGGCAGGGCCAACAGUCACAAAAUCUUAUACCAAUAAUUUCAAGUGAAUUGUUAACACGAUUUAGCUUUACUGUCUUAACUAACUAUCUAUCUAUCUUAACUCUUCAUAAUGAACAAAAUAACCACUUAGUUACUUAUCUGCAACAUUAUUUAUCGGCACCCAAUUCUAAGUAACCGGUUGAUGAGGCAUGCGCUAUCUGUUUACCAAUUGACUAUUGAGUUCAAUAGUACAUUUGUGGUACACAAACAAUAGUGUGAUCCUGAUCCUACCUACUUACUUCGGAUCCUAGAAAAUAAACACAUUUUGACUGCACAUAAGUAGGAAUAAAAUAUAGGCAUGAUGUAGGUAGUAGGUAUAGAUAGGUACUAGGUAUUGAUUUUUCCAGGCAGUUGGCAUUGGGUAAUAAUUAAUGAGCCCGAUCAGCCAGUGACUGUCACAGUCGUACAAUACAAUGUAAUAGCGUAGCGUAGGUACUUAUAUACGUUGGAGUCCUAUGACCUAUUUACAAAUGUACAUGUAGGUAUAUGGUAGUUGGUAUGUAGAUAAGUCUAUACAUUGAAA